UGGUUGGGGAAGCAAUUCGUUAAUGUCAAAACAAAACAGUAUAGCGUAAUAGUGUUUAAAAAUAUCCCAAUUAAAUAAGUUUAGUUUGAACACUUUUAUUUGGUCUAAAAUUGAUGAUAUAGAUUUUGAUAAUACCUACCCGAAUUAAUUGACUAGUUACCUGAAGGAGUUUCUUAAGUUAAGGUUUACAAUAUAUUGAUACAAGUUAGAGUGCAAACUAGCCUAAGUUACUACCCUGUACGUUAUAUUUAAAGCCAAAGCUGUUACUGUGUUUACAACUUUCAAGUUUACAUAAAUUAUUUACAAACGUUCCUGUUUGAUUUACCAUGGUAGAUAGUAAAAUCAACGUUAGUUUUGUGUGUCAAAGAUGUCUCCAACCAUUGAAGAUGGACUCUUCUUUUGGGAAUAUAAAUGAACAUACCCUUGCAGAACUUACACUACCUAUUCUCUCAAGCCCUGAGGUAGAUUUAGAAUCACAAACUGCCAGUUUAGAUCACAUGAUACCAGCAUUCAGACUUAUGGACUCAGCCAAUGGCAGUAAUGGAUUCACCCUUGUUGGCAAUGAGAAUUCUACUACGGGGAGUUUGAGCCAUAUUAUGAAAAAAACAGCAAGCUUGUUUGACGUUGUUUCUGCAAACUCGGAGGUGGACCACCCUCUGUGUGAGGAAUGUACAGACACUCUGCUGGAGCUGAUGGAUAAGCAGUAUCAGCUCACUGCUCAGGAGUGGAAUGACUACAGUCAGUUUCUGAAAAGACUCGAAAAAGAAGAAACAAGUGAUGGUCAUGAAGCUCUUAUGCAAGAAUUAGCAAGUUUGAAGGAUGAAGAAGAGCGUUUGAAGGCAGACUUGUUGGCUUUGCAAGAAGAACAUCAGGCUGUAGAGAGGGAUCUGAAAGAGAAGGAGUCAGAAAGAGAGAGAUUGGAGAGAGAAGAGGACAGAUACUGGAGAGAGUACAGCAGGCACAGGCGCGACUAUAUGAUCAAUGAAGAUGAGCUGCAGAGCAUAGAGUGUCAGCUAUCCUAUGCUCAGUCACAGCUGGACAGGUUGAAGAAGACCAAUGUGUUCAACGCUACUUUCCACAUCUGGCACAGUGGGCAUGGCCACUUCGGCACAAUAAACAACUUCCGUCUGGGUCGGCUGCCGAGCGCUCCUGUAGACUGGAGUGAGAUCAAUGCUGCGUGGGGCCAGACUGCGCUGCUGCUCACUGCACUUGCACGCAAAAUGAACCUCACGUUUGAGAGGUACCGAGUUGUACCUUACGGCAAUCACUCGUACAUUGAGGUGUUAUCAGACCACAAGGAGUUACCAUUGUAUGGUUCUGGAGGCUUCAGAUUCCUGUGGGACACCAAGUUUGAUGCUGCCAUGGUAGCCUUCCUAGACUGUCUACAGCAGUUCAAAGAGGAGGUUGAGAAGGGAGAUUCUGGCUUCUGCCUACCUUACAAAAUGGACCGAGGAAAGAUCGAGGAUGCUUCCACUGGCAACUCUUUUUCGGUCAAAAUUCAGUUCAACUCAGAAGAGCAAUGGACUAAAGCACUAAAGUUCUUGCUUACAAAUCUCAAAUGGGGCUUGGCUUGGGUUUCAUCGCAGUUUGCCAAAGAUCAACUAGAGUAGAUCAACAUUCAGACAGGUUCUAGGGCUGUGCUUGAAUCAGUGUGAUCAUACUAGACAUGUGAUUUUUCCUACAAGAUAUUUGCAAUGCUAAGUAUAUUCUAUAUGAAGUCUUAUCUGUGUACUGUUAAUUAAUUGUUUUAGUAUUUAUUCUGCAAUGUUUAGUUAAAAUUGUAUCAGCUUUUGUAUGGCUUUAGUUUGUACUAGUGAAGUUAAAAUAAUUA